AUGUUCCCGACAUCGUACGUGCCCCUGGUUAUCGAAGGCGAAUCAGGAUCAGUAGCGUGGAAGAACUCGAAACCAUCUUCUACGAGACUUUGUAGACCGCUAAGAUUCACAUUCGCCAAAGAGACACCAGAAGUUACUCGCGAGGAAGUUCAAAAAACUAAGACGGAGAUUGUGCAGCUCAGACCGAGCAAGAUCAAGAUGGCGGGCCAGGAAUUCCAGGUCGAGCAUAGACUUCUACUGACCAUGAUUGAUGGCAAAGUUGCUCAGGUCUUGUGCGACGUCCCUUCAAUGGCCGUUUGUUGCGUUUGCGGAGCCCUGUCGAGCGAGAUGAAUAAGUUGGAAGCCAUCAGUCAGAGGGCCAUCUCGUCGGAGGCGCUCCAAUUCGGACUAUCGCCCCUCCAUGCUCGCAUCAAAAGCAUGGAGUGUUUUUUGCACAUCUCUUAUCGAUUGCAAUUCAGAUCGUGGAGAAUCAACGCGAGAACCACAGCUCUCCAUAACCAGCGGAAACGCGGAAUCCAACAGAAAUUUAGGCAGAGGCUCGGUCUGCUCGUCGAUGUCGUGGGAUCCACAGUAGACGGAAACACGGCCCGAAAAUUUUUCGCAGAUCCGGAAGUAACCUCCGAAAUAACCGGCAUCGAUGCCGAUCUGCUGCGACGUUUCAGCGUGAUACUCGAUGCCAUAAACUGCAAGCUCCCGCUCGACAGCGCGAAAUUCGGCUCGUUUUGCUCGGAAACCGCACGCUCAUUCGUGGAACUGUACGGUUGGUACUACAUGCCAAAUACAGUUCACAAGCUGUUGAUGCACGGGAAAUGA